AUGUCGCUCGAGGCCCGUCUCCAGGCCGCGUCCGCCGACUUCCAGAAGCUGCAGGCGGAGCUCGCCGACGCCGUCGAGGCCCGCCAGCGCCUCGACGCGCAGCUCUCCGAGAACGAGCUCGUCAGGAAGGAGUUCGCGGUGCUGACGCCGAAGAACGUCGUGUACAAGAUGAUCGGGCCCGUGCUCGUGAAGCAGGAGCAGGCAGAGGCGACCGCGAACGUCGCCAAGCGCCUCGAGUUCAUCCGCAGCGAGAUAAAACGCAUGGAGGCACACCUCCAAAGCGUAAGCGAGAAAUCAGAAAAGAAGAAACAGGAGGUGCGUCCCCGCGUCCCCGCGUCCCGCGUCGCGCGACCCACGGCUGACCGAUGUGCUCGCUCGUAG